GGAACGUUUAAAUUUAAAUUUAAAAAAUAUUAACAGCAAAAUUAAAAUAUAUUUUACAGAAAACGAGUUUCAAUCUGUUAAGAAAUUAACAAAUAUUUGCUAACGAAAAGUUUUUUUCCUACCACAUUAUUUUCACCACGCGGCACAUUUUUUACCCGAAUGUGUUGCCAGCACUGUUGCCGAUCGACAGUUCAACGCAAACAUUUUACCAAAUAGUAGUGUGGUGUGAAAUAGCGGACGGAUUGUAAAUUAUAUUUGUGCGUGAAGAAGCAAAAGGAAUAUUCAAGUGGUGAAUCAUAAAUAACAAUCUGCAUUGGCAAAUAAAAAAAAUUUUUUGCAUUUACGAUUAGAAAUAAAAAGUACAAGAAAAUUAAGCAAGAAAGUGAAAACCAAAGCGUUUAAUAGUGAAAUAUAACAAAGUGAAGUUAAUCGAUUGGUUGAAACACCAAGGAAAGUGGAUUCGCGCAGACGCGACAGUGAAAAAGAAAGGAAAAGAAUCAUCGCGUGCGUCCGUGAAAGAGCAGUUGGUGGAAAAAUAACUGAUCUAAAAAUCGACAAGUUUACACGCGAAGGCCUAAUUGCAAAUUGCAAUCCAUAUCUGUGAUUUGUGAAUACUUAGUGGCUGGAGUAGCUCAACCAUAAACCAUUUAUCGGUGGUCUGCGUGGUUUGGACAGUUUCGGUGCAAAUUGCGUGGCUGUUGGUGUAGUGUGAAGUGUCGCUACUAACUAGCAAAAAUUAAGAAAUAAUUAAAAUAAAUUCAAUAAAAAAAUGGGUUGUGCUGUGAGUACGUCGCGCGAUAAGGAGGCGGUCGAACAUUCGAAAAACAUUGAUCGGGUGCUGCAAAGGGAUGCAGAGCGUGCGGCUGCAGAGGUGAAACUACUGCUUUUGGGCGCCGGCGAAUCUGGCAAGUCCACCAUUGUCAAACAGAUGAAAAUUAUCCACGACAAGGGCUACUCACAAGAGGAAUGCGAACAAUAUCGUCGCGUUGUCUACAGCAACACCAUACAGAGUAUGAUGGCCAUCAUACGUGCUAUGGGUCAUUUGAAGAUCGAUUUUGCGGAUCCAUCGAAAACGGAAAUCGCACGUCAAUUCUUUACAUAUGCCUCCACAGCGGAAGAGGGUAUACUGCUACCUGAAAUCGUGCUACUUAUGAAGAAACUCUGGGCCGAUGCUGGUGUACAACAGUCGUUUUCGCGUUCACGUGAAUAUCAACUGAACGAUUCGGCUGCUUACUACCUGAACCUGUUGGAUGAAAUUUCAAAGCCAAAUUACAUACCAACACUGGAGGAUGUAUUGCGUACACGCGUCAAGACCACAGGCAUUGUGGAGACACAGUUCUCAUGUAAAGGAAUGCAUUUCAAAAUGUUUGAUGUUGGCGGUCAGCGUUCGGAACGCAAGAAAUGGAUUCACUGCUUCGAAGGUGUAACGGCGAUCAUAUUUUGUGUCGCAUUGUCGGGAUACGAUCUGGUGCUUGCCGAAGAUGAAGAAAUGAAUCGUAUGAUUGAAUCGCUCAAAUUAUUCGAUUCUAUAUGCAAUUCCAAAUGGUUUGUGGAAACAUCAAUAAUAUUGUUCUUAAAUAAGAAGGAUUUAUUCGAAGAAAAAAUCAAAAGAUCUCCACUCACAAUCUGCUUUCCAGAAUAUACAGGUCCCAACACUUAUGAGGACGCUACCAAUUAUAUACGUAUAAAAUUCGAAAGUCUCAACAAACGAAAAGACCAGAAAGAAAUCUAUACGCAUCUCACAUGUGCAACGGACACAAACAAUGUGCGCUUUGUUUUUGAUGCCGUCACCGAUGUUAUCAUUAAGAACAAUCUCAGAGAUUGUGGGCUUUUCUAAAAUUACAUUCAAACUAGUUGAUACAUUUACAUUUAAGUUAAUCUUUACCACACUGCAUUUGCAUAUGCAUAUCCCUUCAACAUAAAUAUGUAUGCUCGUAUAUAUUUGAGCAGUGCAUCUCGCUUGUGUUUUACUGGUAUUCAUUAUAGAUCAUUGAUCCAAACAUUCCCAUGCCACUACGCAUACCUAAGAUGUAGGUACUAUAUAUAUAUAUAUAUAUAAACAUACAUAUGCAUCAGAGCAAUAAUUUUACAAGUAGUAGUUUUGCUUUUGUAAAAUUUCAAGAUCAUUAAAUCUUGCGGCAUAUGCACAAAUUAAAUAAUAUAUAUACAGUUUAUGUUAGUAUUAUUAUGUAUAAAGCUACUGGAGAAUGCAAUUUGAAAUUUGUAGCUUAUGUAUAGUUAUGUAAGUAGGAAAAAAUGUUUGCAAAAUCGAAUUAUUACUCCUCUGGAGUUGACAAUAAGCUACUCUGGUCAAAUUAAAGAGUUUAAUGCGCAAAAAUGAUAAUAUUUAUUGACUAAAAGCAACAAAAACGAAGUAUACUACUGAAACACAAAUUAUUUAAUUAAAAUCAUAUUUAAAUAAUAAUAAGAAAAAUUAUUUUACAUACAUAACUAAUAAAUAAUGUAUAACAGCACAAUUUUUAAAAAAGAAAACAAAAAUUGAUUUGAACAAUAAUUAAGUACUGUGUCUGUAAUAAGAAACCUUGUGCAUUCCAUUACAUUUAUCUUCCAUUCCAACAAAGUGUGUAAUGUGUCGAAUAUUAA